GGCGCCCAUGCGGGGGCCGUGAGGUGGGAGGAGCCAUGUUGUAGGCGGUGGGGCCGCCUUGGCGGGAGCGGCGGCACGGCUCGGUGAGGGCGGGAGCGGCUCAAGGUCGUGCGGCUCGGAGCCUGGCCUCGGCGGGAAGGCCGGGAGGAGCAGGUUCGGAGACCCUCCUCCUAGACGGGACAGAAGCGAGAGGCCCACGGCAGGCAGAGGCCCGCUGGUGCCGGGUGAGGGCCUGCCUGCUGCUCCCCGCUCCCCCACGUCCCGCCGGGCCUGAAGCGAAUUGAACACCAGCCUGUAGACAGGCCUUAGAACGCAGCUUUCAGAUUAUAAAAGGCGUUGAAGGACUUGAAGAUGACAGGAAGAGAGUUUCUUGAACUUGAUUCUCCGCAGCAGAGACUAUAUUUGGAAAGAUUUAAGCGGAUGGAAGUCAUACAAAAGAUGCUCGAUGAGCUUCCUAAAGCAGAUCAGAACGUUUGUAAUCACGGAACAUACUUCCUUGCAGCAAAUUCAAGCUUAUGCGGUAUAGCAGCAAAUACCUUAUUCAGGAACAUUCUGCAUGUCAGAAAGGCUUCCUUCGUGUCUUCUUUGCCAAUGGCUAUUAUUCCAUUUCUUUCAACAGCAGCGUUUUAUGAAGUUUUUGUGCGUGAGCCUGUAUUUUCAGGUGACCUAAACUGUGAGGUCUGCGCUGUGGUCAGAGGAGGAUUAACAGGGGCUGUCAUAGGUGGCUUCUAUCCUGUUUUGCUGGCUCUCCCCCUGAACGCAAGCCUUGCAGCCAGGUAUUCUUCAUCUCCCUUACCAGGGAAAGAAAAUCUAUUACGCUACUGGCUCACAACUGCUCGGCCUGUCUUUAGAAAGAUGAGUUUGAUUGUACUUGUGCAGGCUCUAACUGGAUUGUAUCUUGCCACUAAACAUCAUGGAAUAUAUGUCAAAAUCCUGCAGCAGAUGAACACUAGCAGCAGGGAUCCCGAAGAGCUAGAAGCAUGAAAUUAAGCAACAUUUCAAUUGCCUUGGAUAAGUAACCAUAAUAAACAAAGAAAGAA